ACAUGAAACCUAUUGCCUCUUCUUCCUUCCAACAAAGUCCAUCUCUCUCUCUCCUCUAUAUUUCUAUAAGACAUGUCUGAAUGAAUAUAUACAUCAAAAACUGAGUGAUACAAAAUUAUAUCAAGAACACAACAAAACUCUCAUCAAAGCCUUUAACAUAUACAUACCCUAAAGCAAAAAUGAUUCCAAAUCCUCAAAGCUCAUCUUUUUUACUCCAAAGAAUCAAUUCCAACAACAAUACUACAAAUUGUAAACAACAACCCCACCAAAACCAAUCACUACAACGCCACACACCAAUACCAUGCACUGCACAAGUACCAGAUUCCGUCGUUAAAUACCACGCGCAUCUCGUGGGCCCCAAUCAAUGCUGUUCAGCUGCGAUCCACCGAAUCUCAGCACCCGUAUCCACCGUAUGGUCCGUGGUCCGUCGUUUCGACAACCCACAAGCAUACAAACACUUCGUUAAAAGUUGCCACCUCAUCGAUGGGGAUGGUUAUAACGUAGGCGCUCUUCGUGAAGUUCGCGUUAUCUCCGGGCUGCCAGCUGUCAACAGCACGGAGAGGCUGGAAAUACUUGACGAAGAGCGCCACGUCAUAGGUUUUAGCGUAGUCGGUGGGGACCACCGACUCGCUAAUUAUCGCUCGGUAACUACUCUACACCCUGAACCUAAUUAUUCGGGCAAUAAUGGGAUGAGUACUACUAUUGUCGUGGAAUCGUACGUUGUGGAUGUACCUAAGGGUAACACUAAAGAUGAGACGUGUUUUUUUGUUGAUACCAUUGUUAAAUGUAACCUACAAUCGUUAGCACAGAUCGCUGAGAAUUUGGGCAGAAGAAAGCCUACAUGAAUCAGUUGGGAUCGAUCGAUCAAUGAUACUUGUGAGUUGUGAUGAUACUAUGUAUGAAAUCGGAUGAUGUUUUUUUUGAGUAUGAUGAUUUGGAAAAUCGUUGCACCUUUUUAGCUGUUGUUCGUCGAUCUUCAGGUUGUUGUCAUCACUUGUUGAAGAUAAGUUCAUUGUCAAAAACAUGUUUUUGUGGAAUUUAUUUCUUUCUGUUCUCAUUUUAUUUGAUUAUAUCCCCUUCUUUA